AUGCUAGGCUGUAAAACAUCUCGUGUACUUAACGCUAAGACCACAUCUUGUGUACUUAAUGAAAGAAGAGAAGCAGAGAUAGCUAGCAGUCGAAUUGAAAAAAAAAACAAGAUACGUUAUGAUGUGUUAAUAUUAUUCUUGGCUAUAGUUAUAAGCUUUAGACAUGUACGUUGUGAGCAAAAUGGAUUCUUGGCGAGAUAUGAUAUACAGGUAGUUAAUGGAUUGAGUGGAGAUCAGGAUUUGUUUAUCCAUUGCAAGUCCAAAGAUGAUGAUCUAGGUGAGCAUAAUCUUGCAGUUGGAGACCAAUUUAGAUGCGCCUUUAAAAAUUACAUUUGGAUUGCAAAAGAUGAUGGUGUUUACCUUAAAAACAUUCCUAAAAAUAGUUAUGAGUUAGUUUAUAAUUGGGAAUAG